GUGCGUUCUAGUUGGCUGCAGCCAUGGAGAAAGGCCCCAGGCCUGUGUCUGCCCACCCAGGCAUCCUGUCCUUGGAGAACCGGUGCCUGGCCAUGCUUCCUCACUUGCAGCCCUUGGAGAAGCCUCAUGGGUAUAAGACUAUGGGAAAACCACAUGGGCCUGAGUCUGCCCGCCCAGACAUCCUGUCCUUGGAGAACAGGUGCCUGAGUGCCUUCCCCAGUGCGGAGAGCAGCAUGUCUGUCGGCCCCUCGCCGCAGUGUCUCCAGCCAUUGCAGAUGAUGCAUACUGACUUGUGCAGCUCGCACACCGGCACAGGCCUGCUCUCUGAGGCUCCAAGCAGCAGAAGGGCUCAGUGUCUCUCUGCUACAGAGACAGUUAAGGAUCAUCUGUGCUCUUCAAAAGAAGAGAAAAAGUCAGAAGUGAAGGAAGAGGAAGGGACCCAGAUGCCUUUUUAUAACCUAAGCUUGGGAGAAGAAGCAGCCGUGGAGGAACUGGCCCCGCAGCUUAUCUCUGGGGAGUUGGAAUCUCAUCCUGAUUCCACUGACCAGCACCUUCAGGAAAACAAAAUGAUUCUGAUGAGCGUACUGUGCUCUACUGUGGCCUCAAAUGUAAACAUGAAAAAUGCAGCUGACAUCACCAGUUCCAUCCUUGAAAUCUGUAGUGCGCUUGCCCCCUUGGAGCCCGAGUUCAUCCUCAAGGCAUCUUUGUACGCCAGGCAGCAGCUGAACCUCCGGGACGUGGCCAACAAGGUGUUGGCUGUUGCUGCCUUCUUGCCGGCCUGCCGCCCUCACCUGCGACGCUAUUUCUGUGCCAUUGUCCACUUGCCUUCCGACUGGAUCCAGGUCGCGGAGCUGUACCAGGAACUGGCUAAAGGAGAGGAGAAUAAGCUGGCCCCACUGCCUGCCUGCCUCCGGGCUGCUCUGACUGACAAAUUUGCUCAGUUUGAUGAGUACCAGCUGGCUAAGUACAAUCUGCGCAAGCAUCGUGCCAAGAGUCGCCCCCGCCGGCCACCGCGGCCUCCAGAGCAUCCAUUUUCUGAGAGAAUGUGUUUUCCAAGAUACCUAUGGCCUAUUAUAAAAGUACAGAAAAAGUUUGAGGUGGAGAAAAAGAGUCCACCAGACUUCACCCUGAAGAAGUUGGUAGAGCGGCUGCAUAUCCAUGAGCCUGCCCAGCACGUCCAAGCCCUGCUGGGCUAUAGGUACCCCUCCAGCCUCCAGCUCUUUUCUCAGAGUCGUCUCCCUGGGCCCUGGGACUCAAGCAGAGCUGGGAAACGCAUGAAGCUGCCGAGACCAGAGACCUGGGACCGGGCGCUGAGCCUUCGGGGGAACAAAGCUUCUGUCUGGGAGCAGCUCAUAGACAGCGGGAAACUUCCCUUCAUGGCCAUGCUUCGGAACCUGUGCAACCUGCUGCGGGUGGGAGUCAGCGCCCACCACCAUGAGCUCAUCCUCCAGCGGCUCCAGCAUGCGAGGUCGGUGAUCCACAGUCGGCAGUUGCCCUUCAGAUUCCUUAAUGCCCAUGAUGCCAUUGAUGACCUUGAGGCUCAACUCCACAAUCAAGCAUUGCCCUUUCCUUCUAAUACAAAGCUGCUGAGGCGGAUAAUAAUUAGAAACUCAAAGUGUUUCAAGACAUAUCCACGGUAUCUUUGCAAGCUGAGUCCACGGAAGCUUCGAGCAGCAAUGAUGAUCCCUGUGAUAUAUAAGCAGGUCAAGCAGGAGAAGCUGAAAAUACACAAGGCCAGACAGCACACAUGUGACAUCGAGCUGCUAGACCGGUACCGGCAGGCCCUGGAGGUGGCUGUGAACCUCUCUGUGAAGCACAAUCUGCCGCCGCUGCCGGGCCGCACCCUCUUGGUGUACCUCACAGACGCCGGUGCAGACCAGUUCUGUGCCAAGAGCAACGCACAGGGGCCCCCCCUGAACUAUGUGCUGCUACUGAUUGCAAUGAUGGUGGCGCGGGCAGAGCAGGCAGAGGUCACGCUGUGCGGACGCGGCACUCUGAAGACAGCCGAGCUUGCGGCCCAGGGAGGCCUCCUGAAGACUGCGCUCAAACUACGGGCCCAAGUCGAGGAGUUAGAGGAAGGGGAUGAGCAGCCCCUGGAUACUUUUAAGAAGUACCUGCUUUCUCUGGCCGUCCGAAGGGUCCCCGUGGACAGGGUCAUUCUCUUUGGCCAUGUGCUGGGUCGCCCAAUGCUACUUGUAGCCUCUCACCUUAUCUGGCAGCAUGUGAAUUCCAAUUGUCUCUUUGUUAGUGUCCUCCUAAAGAAAACAGAUAGAUGUGCAAGUUGGAAUCCCAAUGUCGUGACGCUCUCAGGCUGUACAGAUGGGAUACUGAAGUUCAUUGCAGAGCGUGGAGCCUCACGUCUUCUAGAACAUGUGGGCCAGAUGGACAAAAUAUUUAAGAUACCACCACCCCUAGGAAAGACACAGUCCCCAACUCUCCAGCCGCUGGAAGAGGACACUCUCAGGCCCGUAGCUCCUGUGUCGCAGCAUGGCUGGCGCAGCAUCCGGCUGUUCAUUUCCUCCACUUUCCGGGACAUGCAUGGGGAGCGGGACCUGCUGCUGAGGUCCGUGUUGCCAACAUUGCAGGCCCGAGCUGCCUCCCACCACAUCAGCCUUCACGGCAUCGACCUGCGCUGGGGUGUCACCGAGGAGGAGACGCGGAGGAACAGACAGCUGGAGGUGUGCCUUGGGGAGGUGGAGAACUCGCAGCUGUUCGUGGGGAUUCUGGGCUCCCGCUAUGGCUACGUUCUCCCCAACUACAACCUUCCUGACCAUCCUCACUUCCGCUGGGCCCAGCAGUACCCGCUGGGCCGCUCUGUGACGGAGAUGGAGGUGAUGCAGUUCCUGAAUCGGGAUCAAGGCCUGCAGCCCUCUGCCCGGGCUCUCAUCUACCUCCGGGAUUCCAGUUUCCUCAGAUACUCCUGUGAAUGGGGGGGCACAGCAGCUGGCCGCCCCUACGCUGGGGGGCUAGAGGAGUUUGGGCAGUUGGUUCUCCAGGAUGUGUGGAAUAUGAUCCAGAAGCUCUACUUAGAGCCUGGGCCCGAGCUGGAGUGGCCAGUGUCCAUCCCAGAGGAUGAUUUGGUGCAGGCCACCUUUCAGGAGCUACGGAGCCCACCCAGUCCUGCCCGGCCGCGGCUGCUUAGGGACACAGUGCGGCAGCUGACGCUGCCCCAUGGGAAGCUGAGCGUCGUGACUGGGCAGUCGGGACAGGGCAAGACCACCUUCCUGGCAUCCCUUGUGUCAGCCCUGCAGGCUCCUGAUGGGGUCAAGGUAGCGCCCUCAGUCUUCUUCCACUUCUCAGGAGCCCGCCCUGACCAGGGUCUCGCCCUCAACCUGCUCAGGCGCCUGUGUGCCUAUCUGCGUAGACACGUGCACACAGCGAGUGCCCUCCCCAGCACGUACCGGGGCCUGGUGUGGGAGCUUCAGCACAAGCUGUUGCCCACGUGUGCUAAGACCCUGCAGCCUGGCCAGACCCUGGUGUUGAUCAUUGAUGGGGCUGACAAGAUGGUGAACCAGAACGGGCAGCUGACCUCAGAUUGGAUCCCAACGACCCUUCCGCGGUGGGUACACCUGGUGCUGAGUGUGUCUAGUGAUUCUGGCCUUGGGGAGACCCUUGAGCAGAGCCAAGGUGCCCACGUGGUGGCCCUCGGGCCUCUGGAACCAUCUGCCCGGGCCCAGCUGGUGAGGGAGGAGCUGGCGCUAUAUGGGAAGCGGCUGGAGGAGUCACCUUUCAACAACCAGAUGCAGCUGCUGCUGGUGAAGCGGGCGUCAGGCCUGCCACUCUACCUGCGCCUGGUCACCGAUCACCUGAGGCUCUUCACACUCUAUGAGCAGGUGUCUGAGAGACUUCGCGCCCUGCCUGCCACCGUGCCCCUGCUGCUGGAGCACAUCCUGAGCACCCUGGAGCAGGAGCACGGCCACGACGUCCUUCCCCAAGCCCUGGCCACCCUGGAAGUCACACACAGUGGUCUGGCUGUGGAGCAGCUGCAUGCAGUGCUCAGUGCGUGGCGGAAUCUGCCCAAGGGGGCUGAGCACUGGGAAGACGCGCUGGCUGCUGUAAACAGUGGAGAGCCCUACCCCAUGGGCCCGUUUGCCUACCUCGUGCAGAGCCUGCGCAGUUUGCUAGGGGAGGGCCCUCUGGAGCGUCCUGGUGCCCGCCUCCGCCUCCCGGAUGGGCCCCUGAAGACAGCAGCCAGGCGUCGCUAUGGGAAGAGGCGAGGGCUGCAGAACACGGCACAUGUCCUUACUGCAGCUCUGCUCUGGAAUACAUGCGACCCCGACGCUUCAGGCUCCUUCCGACGUUGUCCUCCAGAGGCCCUGGGAGACCUGCCUUACCACCUGCUCCAGAGCGGGAACCGUGCCCUUCUGGCGAAGUUCCUCACCAGUUUGCAUGUGGUGGCCGCACAUGUGGACAUGGGCCUGCUCCCCCAGCUCUUGGAGGCGCAUGCCCUCUAUGCUUCUUCAGUCCCCGAGGAGGAACAAGAGCUCCCUGAGGCUGAUGUUGCAGUGUUCCGCACCUUCCUGAGGCAGCAGGCCCCAGUCCUCAGCCGCUACCCCCUACUGCUGCACCAGCAGGCGGCCAACCAGCCUGUAGACUCACCUGUCUGCUGCCAGGCCCCGCUGCUCUCCCAGCGAGGGCGCCUCCCGCGCAUGCUGCGAUGGCUCAAUAAGCCACAGAGUGUGCGGGCUCAGCAGAGCUGCAGCCUGUCUCUGGCAAUUCCCUCCUCCCCAACUGCCGUAGCCUUCUCUCCUAGCGGGCAGAGAGCGGCUGUGGGCACUGCCAGUGGGACGGUAUACCUUUUGGACCUGAGAACCUGGCAGGAGGAGAAGUCUGUAGUGAGUGGCUGUGAUGGAAUCUCGUCCUGUGCUUUCAUCUCAGACAAUGCCCUGUUCCUUGCCGCCUUCGAUGGGCUCCUGGAGCUCUGGGACCUGCAGCACGGGUGUCGGGUGCUGCAGACCAAGGCUCACGAGUUCCAAAUCACGGGCUGCUGCCUGAGCCCUGACCACCGGCUGCUGGCCACCGUGUGCCUGGGAGGGUGCCUAAAGCUGUGGGACACAGUCUGUGGGCAGCUCUCCUUCCAGUACACUUGUGCCAAGCCCCUCACCUGCGUUGCCUUCCACCCAGAGGGGCAGGCACUAGCCACCGGCAGCUGGGCAGGCAGCGUCAGCUUCUUCCAGGUGGAUGGACUCAAAAGCACCAAGGAACUGGGGGCCCCAGGAGCCUCUGUUAGGACUUUGGCCUUCAGCGCACCUGGCCGGGUUGUGGUUGUAGGCCGGCUGGAUGGGACGGUGGAGCUGUGGGCCUGGCAAGAGGGGGCACGACUGGCCGCCUUCCCUGCCCAUUGUGGCUUUGUUUCUGCUGUGCUUUUCCUGCAUGCCCAGAGGCAAUUACUGACAGCUGGAGAGGAUGGCAAGGUUCAGGUGUGGUCAGGUUCUCUUGGCCGACCCGGGGGCUGCCUGGGCCCCGUUCCUCUCUCUCCUGCCCUCUCUGUGGCUCUCAGCCCCGACCACAAGCAGGUGGCAGUUGGGUACCGGACCGAGGGCAUUAAGAUCUACAAAGUCCCUGCAGGUCCCCGGUGGGUGCAGCGUCGAAUGCAAGAUGUGGCCGUGUCUGCUGUGGCCUGGCUGAGCCCCACGGUGCUGGUGAGCGGUGCAGAAGACGGCAGCCUGCAGGGCUGGGUGCUGGAGGAAAGCGCCCUUCAGUCCCUCUGGCUCCUGCCCGGAAACCAAAAGCCAGUGCUGGGACUGGCCACCUCCCAGCACCUCCUGGCUUCUGCCUCAGAGGAUUUCACAGUGCGGCUCUGGCCAAAGCAACUGCUGAUGCAGCAGCACAAGGCAGGAGACUUGCCCCUUGGUGCUGAGCUCCGGGGACACCAGGGCCCGGUCAGCUGCUGUAGCUUCAGCGUGGAUGGAGGCAGCCUGGCCAGUGGCGGCAGGGAUCGGAGUCUCCUCUGCUGGGACGUGAGGACACCACAAAUCCCUCUUCUGAUUCGCUCCUUCCCUGCCUGUCACCGUGACUGGGUCACUGGCUGUGCCUGGACCAAAGAUGGCCUACUGAUCUCCUGCUCCAGUGAUGGCUCUGUGGGGCUGUGGGACCCGGAGUCAGGACAGCAGCUUGGUCGGUUCCUGGGUCACCAGAGUGCUGUGAGCGCCGUGGUGGCUAUGGAAGAGCACGUGGUGUCUGUGGGCCGGGACGGCACCUUGAAAGUGUGGGACCUUGGAGGUGUGGAGCUGACCAGCGUCCCUGCCCACUCGGGACCCGUCAGCCAGUGCGCAGCUGCCCUGGAGCCCCGCGCAGCUGGACAGCCUGGCUCAGAGCUUCUGGUGGUGACUGUUGGGCUGGAUGGGGCCACACGGCUGUGGUAUCCACUCUUGGUGUGGCAGACACACAGCCUCCCGGGACACAGCGGUCAGGUCAGCGCGGCUGCUGUCUGCGAGAGCUCAGGCCUCCUGCUGACGGCCUCGGAGGACGGUUCAGUGCGGCUCUGCCAGGUACCUAAGGAGGCAGAUGACACCGAGGCGCCUAAGAGUUUCACACCCAUCACCGCUGUGGCCUGGGCCCCGGAUGGUUCUGUGGCUGUGUCUGGAAAUCAAGCUGGGGAAUUAACCCUGUGGCAGGAAGCCAAGGCUGUGGCUACAGCACAGGUUCCAGGCCGGGUCAGCACUCUGCUCUGGAUCUCAUCAGACACCUUCCUUGUUCUCAGUGAUGAUGAAAAGAUCAGCGAGUGGCAAGUGGAUGGGUUCGAGUGGCAGAGGGGUUCGACGUCCAGGAGAUUCAGUCUUCACCUGAUACAAGUUCUGCAAGAAUUUGGAGUCCUGACAAGUCUAGACCUGGCCCCCGAUCGUCAGUCCCUCGUCUUGGUCAAUGCGGAUUUGCAAGUACUGCAAAUGAGGCCUGGGGAUGCUCCAUCUGUAAUCACGGACUUGAUUGGAAUCCAUCCUAUACUAUUGUCCACCCACAAGGAGUACGGGGUGUUCUUCCUGACUGCAAGCGGCUAUGGCAUACUUUCUUACUUGAAGCAAAAGGAAACCGGAGAGUUUGAAGAGAGUUUGAACUUUCACAUGGAUUUCCACAACCCUGGUGUGACCUCAGCAGUGAUGACUCAGGCUAAACCUGAAUCUGAGUCCUCAUUCCUGUGUGCCAGUUCUGAUGGAGUGCUGUGGACCCUGGCGGGAUGCACCCCUGAAGGAGAGUGGACCACAGGUAACAUCUGGCAGGCUGAAGCCCAGGCUGCAGGGAUGGACCCAUCCUGUGCCAGCAUGGACAACUGGACGCCCACAAAGUUAAAGAUACAGCAGUGUAGAAAGAUUCACUCGGACUCUGUCACAGCCCUCCAUGUGCUGCCUGGGAUGCUGGUGACAGGUUCGAGGGAUAGAGAUGUUAAGCUGUGGGCGAGACCCAGUAUGCAGCUGCUGGGCCUGUUCCAGUGUGAAGGGGCAGUGAGCUGCCUGCACCCAUGGCUGGGACCUGACUCGACGCUGCAGCUUGCUGUGGGAGACACACAGGGCAAUGUGUACUUUUUGUCCUGGGAGUGAAAGUUCACUACUUGGGGCAGAAAUGAGAACACUUGUGCUUGAGAUGCAAAGCCUGAAAGUGCUGUGGCCACCUCCUUCCUAAGAUGAUACAAAUAAAGUGUCAGCAUGUCUCCAGGGUA